UACAAAACAUUGAAAAGUUUCAAAACUAAAUUUGUAAACAUCGAAUUUGAUAACAGCAGAAUGCAGUGAAAAAUGAAAAUGUGAAAAACUUGCGAAAAAAGGUGGAAAAUGCCCUGAAAAUAAUUAUUAAAAUGAGCUCCAUCGUUACACCGCAAUGGAGUUUCAGUUUACUGAAAGAAAAAGACGUCUAUGAACCGGCAGAAGACUCAUUUCUCUUAUUAGAUGCCAUAGAACAAGAUCUCAAGCAGCUAACUUCAACAAAACCCAACAUAAUUCUGGAAAUUGGUAGCGGAUCUGGAGUUAUUAUUACAGCUUUAGCAUCUGUAUUCAAAACCGAUGCGUUCUGUUUAGCUGUAGAUAUCAACAUAGAUGCUUGCACAGUUACGAAAAACACUGCUCAGCUGAAUAAUGUUCAGGUCGAUGUGAUAAAUGCGAACUUGCUCGAUGGUGUCCAUCUUCGAGAAGCUAUCGAUGUGAUUGUAUUCAAUCCUCCUUAUGUAGCUACCGAAUCGGAAGAAACUCUGGUAGAAGGUAUAGCUCAAGCAUGGGCUGGUGGAGAAAACGGAAGAGAAAUACUCGAUCGAUUAUUACCGUCGAUAAGUAAAGCUAUAUCGAACACAGGUGUACUUUAUUUGGUAGCCAUCAGUUACAACGAUGUUGAAAAUUUAAUCGUUCAAAUGAAACCGUACGAUUUGAAAGGCGAAAUCAUAAUGAGAAGACAAAUUCAAGGAGAAUUACUGUUUAUUUUGAAAUUCAGCAAAAUGAAAUAAAUCAACCUGUUUACACGCUCAACGAUUAGCUCAUUCGAGAUCCUUCAUUUGCUGUGAUAUUGUGUUCGAUGAAUAUGAUGUAUUCAAAAAACCAUUAAACUGGAAGACUAUUUGAAAGUAACCUAGUUUAAAUAUUUUACGAAUUUCGUUGUGUAAUUCGCACAGGUAGUUUAUUCAUCGAACGAAUCACCAAACACGUUUCUAUCAUUGGAGGAUCAGAUUUUAUCGCUGGCAAAAAUUGAUAUUGUAAUAAUAACUUCGAUAUGAUGAUUUUCAUCUCAAUCAUGGCAAAUUUUUGUCCUGUAAAACGAAUAAUAGCGUGUUAAAAUUUCCAUUUCGAAUUCGAUGGCAUUUUACGUGAAACUUUACCUAUGCAGUUUCUCGGACCAGCGCUAAAUGGAAUGAAAGCAAAUGGAGGUCUGUUAUCCCUGCUUUCGAAUCUUUCAGGGUAGAACUUCUCUGGAUUGGGAUAGAGAUUUUUAUCUCGAUGCAAAAAAAAUAUAAACAUAUUCACUAAAGAUCCAGUUGGAAGCAAGAAUCCACCUAUGGAAAAAAUAUCGUCAGCUUGUGUGAGCUAUUAAUUUUUAACGUUAGUGAGUUUGUGUUUGAAUUAUGUACUUGGAAGUCGAACAUCUUCGUUGACUUUUCUCGAAACGAUAGGAAUUGUUGCGUAUAAUCUCAUGGUUUCUUUUAUCACGCAUUCUAAAUAUUUCAUAUUAACGUAAUCUUGAUAACUUGGAUUUCCUUCUGUGUCUGAAAAAGUUGUUUUUAUUUCUUCUAACAAUUUGCUCUGUAAUUCGAAUAUCGGAGAAUUAAUUUUAAAGUAGUCUUCGAAUAAAAAUCUAUCGUGGUU